AUGGCCUUCAUCCAAGACCCGCGCCUGCGCCAGACCUGGAACCAAUUCUCGCACACCACCGAGGCCGUGACCUCGGACGCCGCGGCCGGCAUCUGGACCUUUGGCCACCGCUACAUCAACCCCUGCCUGGCGUCGCUGGCGGGGGCCGUCGACUCGUGCACCGCCGUCUGCCUGGGCGACCGCGACGAGCGGGCGCGCAGGGCGAGGGAACGGGAUAGGGGGGCGAGGGGGUCGCGGAGGAGCGUCGGUGGCGGGGUGGCGCCGGAGUAUAGUUUUGAUUUUUAUGAUGAUUGGGAGGAGGACUUUGCGGAUGAGUUUGAGGUUGGGGUUGGGGGUGGCGAGGAUGUGGGGAGGGGUGGAGGAGGUGAUGAGGAGAGCCCAAGGCGGCAGCCGGGGAAGAGACCGAGGAGCGAUACCACGAAUUCAGGGGAUACGUCGAGCUCUUAUCGGUCAAGGGGAGACUUAUUCCCUAGUGAUGGCGAGGGGGAUGAGGAUGCAGUGCCACUGGAUGACGAAUUCACGGUGGCCCUGGAACGAGUCGACGAUCGGGGCAGCACAAAAACCCGCAGCAGCAAGGGGAAACGGCCGGCCGAUAGGGAUAGGGACAGGGACAGGGACAGGGGCUUAUCAAGGACAGUUUCUCGAACUACGCUAUCGUCGACAAAUACACCGGAUGAAAGCAAGUGGGAUAGCAACCCGGUAUCUCCUGUCCAGGAAGUGGAACCCGUGGAACGAGUGCCCUCGCUAGAAGAUCUCCGGCGGGAAGAGGAACAAGCCGCGAAGGAAGAAUAUGAAGAGAUCGAGAGGAGGCGGAGGGCCGCUGCGCAAUUGGCCAUGCAGAAAGGGCUAGGCAAAGAGGAUGCCGAAACUCGGAAUAAGUUCGAUGAGGCGGCGGACGACACACCAAAUAAUCAACCUCGACAUACCCCAGCAGAGGACCUCGCCCCGAAUGGACGCCGAGACACGAUGGAGGAUGAUGAGCUCGAAAAAUUCAAAUUUAAAGCACCACAAACAGCCAUCCGGGAACCCAGCCCCAUACCAACGAAGGAGGCUAACGCCAAGUUACAAAGCGAAAACACCUUUGUACCGGCACGGUUGCCUCAUUUUGGUUGA